AUACAAUUCGAUUAACACAAUUUAAUUAAAAUAUACAAAUAAUUUUAACUCUAAAUGUAAUUAAUGAUUGUAAAUAAUAUAGUUAUAGUGUUUUUACAAAAUGUCGUGGUUAAAUAGUAGUCUUAGUAAUAUCAAAGGACAAAUAACCAAUUUUGCAAAUGAAGUCCUUGCAGAAGGUGCUGAGGAUGAACAAAAAACUAAUCAGGAAUUAGAUAAAGCUAAAGAGAAACUUAUUGAAUUGGAAAAUAUUAUAAGUCGACAAAAUUUUGAGAUCGCGAGUCUUCGAAAACAAAAUGCAGAAUGUAAAAAAGAAGCUGAAAAAAAGUCUGGAUUGGCGGAGACAUCCAGCAAGCACAAUGUCCAGUCAAUGGAAGACAGUUGGAUCUGGACGGAAGGUGAUGAUGAAACAGAGACUUUGUCCCAAGAAAGCGAAAAGAAAAGGCGUUCAGAUAGCGCCGAGUUAAAGUCAAGAAUUCUUGAAUUAGAACAAGAAAAUCAAACAUUGACUUCGAAUCUCGAAGAGCUCGAUUCCCAACACAAUCUAGCUUCCCAGAAGUUGAUCGAGAUCAAAAACGAGUUGCAAAAGAAGUAUGAUGGUCUCAUGCAGGAGUUGCAAGUUGCUAAGUCGGAAAAUAUUAAAACUGCAAAAGAAACACAACGACUCAAAGAUGAAAAUGAAAGGUUAAAAGUUGACUUUGAUAAGGUUCAAGAAGAUUUGAGUAUUCUGCAGGAUGAGAACUUUGACUUGCAAAGGGUAACCCAAGAUCUAAAAUCUGCUGCAAGUGGUGACAAUGAAUUGAAAAAGCUAAGGGAUGAGUUGCAAAUUCUAACAAAGAAAUAUGAAGAACUAUCUUUUACCAAUGAGCGGCUUAAAACUGGCAUGGACAAAAUUGAUGAGGACAGAGCUGUUUUGCAAGAUGAUAAUUUCACACUUCAAGAUCAAAUUGCUGAAUUGCGCAGACAAGCCGAGGAAAAAUCUGCUGGAUCAGAACACUCAGUCAAAACUGAGUUAGAAGCUACCAAGAAAAAAAUUGAACAGUUGACUUUUGAAAACGAACGUUUGAAAGUUGAUUGCGAUAAAGUCCAAGAAGACUUGUCUAACCUCCAGGAUGAAAACUUCCAGUUGCAAGAAGAAAUUGAAAUGCUAAAAAAUAGUAGCGUGCCAUGUGCUGAAAAUUCUGAUGCUUUAAAAGUUGAAAUUGAUAAUAUGCGUAAAGAUUUGGAAAUUUUGAAGAAAAAGGAGUUAGAUCUGUUGGCUCACAAUGAAAGACUAAAGGUUGACCAGGAUAAAAUCGAGGAAGACCGUUGCGUUUUGCAAGAUGAAAACUUCAAACUACAAGAGCAAGUCCAAAGUUUAACUUCCACCAUUGCUGAAUGUAGUAAUUAUGAAGACAUGAAGAAAGAAAAUGCUGAUUUGAAGUUAGAAGUCGACAAAUUAUCAAGUUUGAGGGCUGAAUUGGAUGAUUUACAAAAAAGUGUUGCAGAUUUGAAGUUCGAAAAUGAACGUUUGAGGAUCGAUCAGGAUAAAAUCGAGGAGGACAGAUCUAUUUUGCAAGAUGCAAACUUUGAACUGCAAGAUCAAAUAGCUGCUUUAAAAAGUGAAGCCAGUGAUUCUGGAAACUCUGAAAAGAAAUAUGCUGAUUUGAAGUUGGAAUUUGAUAAAUUAACCCAAGCUGAUGCAGAACUGCAUCAGGAGUUGGAACGCCUCAAAGUAGAUUUGGAUAAAGUCGAAGAAGAUAGAUGUAUUUUGCAAGAUCAAAAUUUCGAACUUCAAGAGCAAAUAUCGGUUCUGAGAAACACCAAACCUACUGAUAGCCCUUCUGCGUUAGAAACACUAAGGCAAGAAAAUCUAGACCUCAAAAUCAAAUUAGAAACUAAAUUAAAAGAGCAGACUGAUUUACGACUUUUGCAAGCUGAAAAAUCUGACCUCUUAAUCCGAAAUGAAAAGUUGGUGGUAGAUUUUCAUACAGUCGAAGCCCAUAAAAAAGUGGUGGAGAAAAAUAAUGCAGAGUUGCAACAAGAGAUUCAGAAUCUCAUAACUCAGCAAAUAGAAUUGAAAAAUAUGAUAGACACCUUGAAGAAAAACGGUCAAGAAAAUAAAGUGUUGAUAGAAAAUAAUGCUGUGUUGAAAAAACAAAUUGAAGCUCUUGCAGAAGUGAAAAAUGAUGUACAGCAACAAUUGGAAAGUGUGAAAGCAAAUCUUUAUAUGGCAGGAGAGGACAAAGGUAUUUUGCAUAGUACAAUUACUGAACUUCGGAAACAAAUAGAGGAAUCUGAACGUUUGAAAAUAGAUCACAAAAAGUUAAUGCAAGACUUAUCUGUUUUGCAAGUGAAAAAUCAAGGUUACGAAGGCGACAUUGUUAAUCUCAAUGGUAAAAUACAACAACAUCUUUCAGAAAUAGAUGUAUUGAAGCAGAAAAUCAGCACGUUAACUAUUCAAGGCUCAGGGGAUAGUAAAAAUAAUUUGAAAGAUGACUAUGAUAGGUUAAAAAUCGAUUACGAGAAAGUUCAGGAAGACUGCAGUGUACUCCAAGAUGAAAACUUUGAUCUUCAACAAAAACUACGAGAAAUCAGUGAUAAAUCCAAUUCCGAUGGUCUGAGAAGUCAAGUACAAUCAUUAAUGGAGGAAAAGACAAAUAUUGUGAAGGAUUUGGAGAAGAUCAAACAACAGCUAGCAGAAGCACAAAGUAAAAAUUUAAAACUUGAACAACAAUUAAAAGUUCUUGAUAAAAAUGAGAAAUUAAUAAAGGAGGCAAACGUCGCGUUGAUUGCAGAAAAACAGGCCAUAAGUUUAGAACUUGACCAUUACCAAAAGGAGUGUGCUGAAUUGAUGAAAAACUAUGAUAAAAUUUAUUUAGAACUUGAAGAAGUCAAGUCCACCAAGUUGGAAACGAUUUCUGAGAAAAACGAAGAAAGUUUCCUUAAUUUGGAGCAACAACUUGAAAACUGCAGCAGUCUAAAUCAAAGUCUAGAAGAUCAGUAUAAAAAUUUAGAACAACAGUUAGAUCAUGCUUUGAAGGAGAAGAAAAAAAUCGAACAAAAUCUUAAUGAAAGUUUGGAACAAGCUAAAGCUAAAAUUGACAAGUUAACUUUGGAUCACGAACAAGAAAAAUCGACGUUACUGUUCGAACUGAAUGAACUCAAAACCAAUGUACCUGAUAAAAAUGUAUUACAAGACUUGGAAAAUAAAUGCACGGAAUAUGAAGCUGCCUUACAGUCAGCUAUACAAGGACAUGAAAACUUGCUCAAAGAAAAUUCUCAUCUAAAACAAGAAUUGCACAGAAUGGCACAGAAUUUAGAUGGCCAUAAUACCAAAGUUCAAAUUUUGGAUUCAAAAAGUGGUAUGGUGAAACCACAAGUGGAUAAUGGUCAGUUAAAUAGACUUCAGUCAGAGUUACAAACUGCUUUGGAAACUAUAGAAACUUUGAAAGCACAAAAUACAGAAUUGCAUCAGAAGUAUUCAACCGAGUUGCAGAAUUAUAAAGCUGUUGAAAUAACUUUGAGGCAUCAAAUUGAUGAACUUAGGCAAAAGGAUGGUAAUAAAAAUGUUUUGGACAACGUGGAUUCUGCUAACGCCAACAGGGAACUGCAGAAGGGUUAUUUGGAUUUACAAAACAGGCUCAAAAAUAUUGUUCAAGAAAAUGAGAACUUAAAAGCAUUACAGCAACAAAUUGCUGAUUUACAAGCUGCUUAUGCAGCCUUGACAGUCGAAAAGAACAACUUGCAAGAACUUUUGAAGUCUUCACCACAAAAUGCAUCUGAACUGCAAACCAACUUCAUAGACUUGAAAACAAGGUUCGACAAUAUCAUCCAGGACAACGAAAAGUUGAAACUAGAAACCAGCAACUUACAAAAAACUUCUACAACCUUAAUGCACGAAAAACAAGAACUAAUAGAAGUUUUAAAACGCAAACACAAAGAAAGUGUUACAUAUCAUGCAGAAAUCCAAAGGCUUUCAGGACUUUUGCAAGCAGAAUUAGCUAAAAAUCAGAACCAGGAGCAAGUUGAUCCAGCAAAUAUUGAAAAAUUAACAGACCAAAUCGGAUUUUUGAGGGAAAAAUGUGAUAUUUUAACCAACAGUCUGGUCACAGAGCAGACUAAUGUGAAAUUAUUGAAUCAGGAGAAAAAAGAUGUAGAAGAAAAGGCUGCUUCGGCUUUGAAGGAGUUGGAACGAUUGAGGCAACAUCUUGUAGAGAUUGAAAAUUCGCAUACUCAAGAAAUUAUGGAGUUGGACAUGAGAAAUAACGAACUGCAAACCAAGAUUAGUAACAUUGAGGAGCAUGCAAUAUAUAAUAAUACGGCCUAUACAUCUGCCAGUAUUCGAGCCAACCAGCAAGCAGAAACAUUGCAGACUCAAUUAAAUCUAAUGUCCCAGCAACGAGAUGAACUUUUGGCCAAGAUGAGUGACACUGAAGACAAAUAUAAUAGACAAGUUGCUGCUCUAACCAAUUUGCAAUGUGCCUUAGAACAAUUCCAAAGAGAUAAAGAUCAAGAAAUCCACCAAUGCACAGAAAGGAUAAGAAACCAAUUGGAAUUGGAACGACAGGAACAAACUGCUUUAAGGAACGAAAUCCAAUCCCUAAAAACGCAACUUAGUGAACAACAACAAGGCCUGAUGGCUGCAGGAAGACUUGCCAGUCAACUUGAAUCCUCACAAACAACUGUACAAAAUCUCAGACAAGAAUUGAAAGAGAGCCAAGACAAAUACGCUGCUCUGACCGCCAAAGUGGAGUCUUCAAAAAACAACCAAGCCGACAAAAUCGAGAAGAGCCUUGUAAAAAACCUAAUGCUCGGUUACAUCACAGCUGGUCAACAAAACGACAAGGCACAAAUCCUAAAAAUAAUAUCAGCAGUCCUCGACUUCAACCAGUCGGAAUGCGACCGCAUAGGCCUUUUGAGCAACCAAAAAUCAUCUUGGUUUGGAGGAUCUGUUCUGCGAUUGGGAGAAGAAGGCCUUGCUAAAGCCUUUGUCGAAUUCUUGGAGAAAGAGUCUUUACCCAGACCGACUUCGGGAGGACCGAGUCUGCUGCAGAUGCAGCAGGAGAGGAAGCAGAGUGUGACGAAACAGGAAGGUAGUCCUAGAGAUAGUGUUACCAAUGUAAGUCCUGUGCCUAGCAGCAGUGGACAAACAACUGCAGCAGGAAAUGCUUUACUGAGUCAGGCAACACAUGAGAACAUGUUGCCGACUUUUGCACCACCCAGAAGUGCAAGUUCGAUAUUGAAAGAUGUUUUGAAAGAUACUAAUACGUAAUUUUAAGUUUGUUAUAUAAAUUUUAUUAAGAGAUAUUUUUAUAUAUUUAUACUUGUUUCGAUUGAUUAAAGUAUUAUUUACUUUAUCAUAAAUAAUUAAUAAAAAUAAAAAUAUUAAAAAUAUUAUACACUCUAUAUCAUGAUUU